AUGGCGAGAAGGGGUGCUACAUCCAUUGUGUACAGAUGCAAACAGAAGGGGACGCAGAAGCCUUAUGCUCUCAAAGUGUUAAAGAAAACAGUGGACAAAAAAAUCGUAAGAACUGAGAUAGGAGUUCUUCUUCGCCUCUCACACCCCAACAUUAUAAAACUUAAAGAAAUAUUUGAAACUCCCACUGAAAUCAGUCUGGUCCUAGAACUCGUCACAGGAGGAGAACUGUUUGAUAGGAUUGUGGAAAAGGGAUAUUAUAGUGAGCGAGAUGCUGCAGAUGCUGUUAAACAGAUCCUGGAGGCAGUCGCUUACCUACAUGAAAAUGGGAUUGUCCAUCGUGAUCUCAAACCAGAGAAUCUUCUCUAUGCAACUCCAGCCCCAGAUGCACCACUCAAAAUCGCUGAUUUUGGACUCUCUAAAAUUGUGGAACAUCAAGUGCUCAUGAAGACAGUAUGUGGAACCCCAGGGUACUGCGCACCUGAAAUUCUUAGAGGCUGUGCCUAUGGACCUGAGGUGGACAUGUGGUCUGUAGGAAUAAUCACCUACAUCUUACUUUGUGGAUUUGAACCGUUCUAUGAUGAAAGAGGUGAUCAGUUCAUGUUCAGGAGAAUUCUGAAUUGUGAAUAUUACUUUAUCUCCCCCUGGUGGGAUGAAGUAUCUCUAAAUGCUAAGGACUUGGUGAGAAAGUUAAUUGUUUUGGAUCCUAAGAAACGACUGACUACCUUUCAAGCACUCCAGCACCCAUGGGUCACAGGUAAAGCAGCCAAUUUCGUACACAUGGAUACAGCUCAAAAGAAGCUCCAAGAAUUUAAUGCCCGGCGCAAGCUUAAGGCAGCAGUGAAGGCUGUGGUGGCCUCCUCCAGGCUGGGAAGUGCCAGCAGCAGCCACAGCAGCAUCCAGGAGAGCCACAAGGCUAGCCGAGACCCAUCUCCAGCCCAAGAUGGCAACGAGGACAUCAAAGCUAUUCCAGAGGGAGAGAAAAUUCCAGAAGACAGGGCCCAAGCGACAGUUGAGGGAGCUGAGGCUGAGCUGAUGAAGGUCCAGGCCUCAGAUGAAGUUAAAGAUGCAGAUAUAAAUGCUGAAGAGGCCUCCAAUAUGGUGCCCGAGGCAUUGGAGGAUGGGAUAAAGGUGGCUGGCCUGGAAAUGGAGGAGGGCCUAGCAGAGGAGAAGCUCAAUACUGUGGAGGAAGAAGCAGCCCCCAAAGAAGGGCAGGAAAACCCUACUGGGGGACUUGGAGUUCCACAGCAAGAUGUGAUCCUGCCAGAGUACUGAGUCUGCAUCCUUCAGAUCUGAAAGCCAAACCGUGGCAUUUUAUGUACUUGUCCUUCAGCAAGGAAGAUGUGGAAGCAUGAUACGCACUAUAGUGAUUCUGUUUUUGAGGUGCAAAACAAAAAUACACAUAGAGCAGUUGGUAAUCCUAAAUUCAAUGCAUGUGACUGCUUUAUGAAAAUAAUAGUGUCUUCUAUGGCAUGUAACGGAUACCUAAUACUGAUGAGUUAAAAUUGAAAUUACAAGUAAACACAACAUAACACUUAAAAACAUAAUUUUCAACAACCAGUGGCACACAUUUGAAGUGAACAGCAGCAGAUUGAUAAUGCUUUGAAAACCUAGCCAUCCUAUGUCCUUUGGAUUUCUUCACAAGGCAGUAAUUCCUUUGAAUUACUGCUUGGCUAAUAUUAGGUAGUGCUACAAGACAUGUUCCCAUGACUUUCAUAACGUUUUACUUUUCAUCAUAAGAUGUUCAGACUGUAUGUAAGGAGAUGGUUAUAGGUGAUAGUUAAAAGUAUGUGCAAAAAAAUUUCACUUAAAUUGAAGCAUACUUUUAAGGACCAUGAAAUCAUAUGUCCCUAAAGCUUGUGUGGAGAAUGCCUUUUUAUGUUUUCUUAUUUAUAUACACUAUAAUAAUCAUCAAAAUGUUCUGUCAUAAAAUUCUGCCAUUUUACAAUACUGGAAAAAGUAUUUUACAAACUCGUGCUGAGUUUCAACUGCUGAGUGAAACUCACACUGAGUUUUAUUCUUUCCUUCACCUGCUUUCCAAUAAAAUGUCCUGAUGGACGAAACUUAGGGGGGAAUAAAGAAACUUAGGGAAGAAAAAAGAUAAGACCGGGACGUAGACUAACAAAGAUAAGAUUGAUUCCUUUUCAUUUUACAAAUAAAAUAGUAUUUGUGAAUUUAUGUAGUCUUAUAGAUAGGGCCAUUUUAAUAGGUAAACUCUGUUAAUUACCAAAUUCAAAUAUUUAGAAAAAUCUGUUUCACAGGUUGGCACCAAAAUGUCUGAACAGAGUAGGAAUAAUAUUCCAUUAUAAGAUCAUUCAUUAUUGACUUUGCUAGAGUAAGGAAACAUUAUUGUUUACAAAAGCCCCUUUUCCUCCAAUUUAUCAUUACGAAGGUAUAUUGCUUAUGAACUAAAGAUAAUUAUGAAAAGCUAGUAUAUCUUUUUCUCUUUGGGAAUGGAAGUGCUUAUAUUUUACAAUGUGGUUUUGAAAAUUUCCACAUCAAGAAAUCUAGCAUAAUGCAACUUAUUUCCCUUAAAAAAAAAAAAGCAAAAACAAAAAUAAAGAAAAAAACACUGAUUUCGAAUCAGACCCUUGAGAAGCUAGAACAUUACAUAUGUUUAUUAUGAUUUUUUCUGAGAAUAGGUAUAAUUUUUGUUUGACUUUCAUGGGAACACAUAUCCCUUAUAGAAAUCAGACUAAGUCCAAGUAUCUCAAACUUAUUUCUAGUUUGAAUUGAAAUGAACUUUUUAUCACAAUAAUUACGUAUCACAUUUUUGGUGGGUUUCCUUAAUUUUAAAAAAAGGAUUAUUUUCAAAGUCCAAAAUAGAGACAAUAAAAAUGGCCAUCACAUAAAAAUCUUCAUUAAAAAAAAGAUCCUAAACUCUUUUGGCUUUUUCUCAAAACUGUUGUCAGAAAAUAAAAUUAAAACUCUGGUAUGUAGAGACUAUUAGACCUCAGCAGACAUCCUGCUUUCUAAGCACAGAUCUCCCUUUAUUACUAUUGUUGAGAAGGAAACAAGGUAGGACUUUUUAUCUUCCAUAGCUAACAUGGAGGAAAAGUUCCUGAAGGGGCUCAUCAUCUGGGCUCAGAAGAUUAUUUUUUGUAUUAUUUUUAUUAUCUAGUAGGGAACAUUUAAUCUCUUCUUCCCUCUUUCCUUCCUUUCUCCUUUAAUUAUUCCUUCUCAGAAUCCCCAUUUUAGCUGUUAUAAAGAACUCACUUUUUCUAACUUUUAAGAAUGCCUUCUUAAGCAUUAAGAUUUGCAUUUAAGUAGAUCAAUUUCCUGGUGUACUUUUCCCCAUAAAACUUAACAGUUGUAUAUGGUAAGCAUCCCAUAUAUUAGAAGAAUGAAGAAAUGAAGGAAAGGGGUCUUGUUAGAAAAUGGCAAUUAGUUGGAAGAACACAUCGACCCUGCCAGCCCACACCCAUAUCAUUCCAAAGGCAGUUGUUAUGUCAUUCCAACACUAGGGCUGACUGCAUUUGUUGGCCCUGUGUACUAUGGGAACAGCAUUGCAAAUGCAAGGACCAAUGUGUCUUUUAGAAUUAACCCAUUUAAAUGAGUGCACAUGAUCAUUCCUUAGUGAAUUCUCAAGAGUGUAAGGGUAAUUACCUCUAUCUUUUUUAACCUGUAAACUGCAUUAUCUAAAAAAAUCAACAGAGGUUUUAAAUUUUAACUCAUAUGUUAAAGAUUAAAUCCUGAUAAUGCCUACAUAGUGACUAAUUUAGUUGUUUCAGUGGGAAACAAGUCAAACUUUCAUAGAAAAUGGUUAUUUCGGUCAAAUUAUUCAAAGAUUUCAGAGAAAUACAACCUAAGUUAGAAUAAUUACAUUAACAUUUUUUAAAGAACUGACAACAUUUAUAUUGCUUGUUAAAAUGGGAUAUAUUAUCUAUUUCAAAGAUUUCAUAGCUAAAUAAUGGUGGACAAACAGAGACUUAAUUUGACAAAAUACUUCAUAAAAUUACCCCUAAUUGACAAUAUAGUCACAAAGAAAAUUAAUUAAAGAAAUUUCAGCAAAGAACAAUAAAUUACAUUUUCCAUUUUAGAGCUAUUUUCACAUGGCAUUACUGAUUUUUAUUUUGAGAUAAGUAGAGAUACAUAGCAUAAACUAGAUUAUUUUACCAUAAAGAACAAUUUUGAAUUAUUUCUCCCAUUAAAAAAGUCUAAUUGGAAUCCCAGUGUUUGUUCUUAAAUUGUAAAAGCUCAUUUGCCCCAGGGAUACAUAAAUAGGGUAGAGAUUAGAAAUAAUACGGUUGUAGAAGUUAUCUAGAACAAGUGCUGUCUAAUAUAAAUAUAAUUCACAUGUGUAAUUUAAAAUUUUUCUAUUAGCCACGUCUUAAAAAGUAAAAAACCCAAAAAACAAAAAAGCAGAUGAAAUUAAGUACAGUAUAUUUUAAUCCAAUAUAUACAAGUUAUUAUAUCAAUAUAUAGUCGAUAUUAAAAAUUAAGGUAUCUUGAAUUCUUUAUUUUCAAACUAAGUUUUCAAAAUCAGGAACGUAUGUUACACCAUUGAUACAUCAAGUGCUCAAUAGCCACAUGUGGCUAGUGGCUACCCUAUUAGCACUGGUUUAGAGCACUUUUUAAGCAAAGUGACCCUUGAAUUUCUAUGCAUAGAUUUGAGCUGCCUCAGUUUUUCAUAUUGAUGAGUUGAUGGGAGGACAAAAAGAAAACGUUUCAAAAUGUUACAGACUGAAAUAUGUAAAAAGCUUAUUCCACUCCUGCCUAUUCAUGUGCUUCAGAAAAGUGUUUCCCAACAUGACUUUAAAGAACAACACUAGCAUGGGCAUUGCUAACUUGUGUAUUGGCCACAGUCUCUCUGAUCCCUUGGGCCCUGGAAUCUUGACUAUAAUCUAGAGUCUCCUAAAGUCUCCUGAGUACUGCCAUGAAGCCAAUAGUAUUCUUGCUUACCAAAAUCUACUGUGGGACAAUCACGCGUCCCCAUUCUAGAAGGACUGCACACAGAAUCCAAUUUUGUAGGCCUGGAACAAGCUGGACAUUUUCUUUGUGUCACAGACAAUAUGAUUUCUAGAAAUCUACUGAAUCAUACCAAAUUUGCAUGUUGAAGAUUGUAUGAUGAUGGUGAUAUCGUGCCAGUUAUUCCCAAAAUGGGAAUAUGACUGUUGGCUGGCAUUUUUUUAGAUUUCAGAAGGGUUUAAUCAACACUGCCAUUACAAAUCGUUUCACAAAAAAGACUUUUGGAAUUUUCUUACAUAAUGAUUUUUGAAUUAAGGUUCUAUAGUCAUUUUUAGUGGCAGACUUAAAAAAAGUUUGCCUUUUACUGUGACCUCAAAUACAUAAUAUUGUAAACAUAUUUUGUAAUUUAGAAUGUUUAGCAAUCCCUAUUUCCAGUUUCACAUGCAAAGUAACUGACGGUGAGUUGCCUACAGGUUUAAAUUUGGAGAUAGCCAUUUUGUUUCAUAAUUCAGUUUUUAUUGCACUGAAGCAGCUGGUAGCAUUUCAAAAAGAAAAGUAAAUGCCUGAAAAGGCAAAGGAUAAAAUUAGUAAACUAUAUAUUCUGUUUUAAGAUUGUUCUUGCAAAGCAAAUUUUUAAAAAAAGUCAACAAAGUGAAUCAG